AUGGACCAGCGAGACUCGAACUCACAGAACUCCGGUCAGAGUUCUCAGACCAACGGAGCCGGUCGUAACGACGAACAGGCGGGCGAGCGCCGAGCCGCCGACGCGGAUAUCGAAACCUUGGAAUAUUACAAGACAUUCCUCGCGCGCCUCCUGACCGUCGUUUCUCACGGGCAGCCAGAGACCGUGGAGAGGUUGUUUCAGACCAUUCGCUCAGGCGCUACGCAGGAACAAAUCUUUGAGAUGCUGGCGGAACUUAGGGCAACUGAGGCUCUAUAG